GGGAGGAAAUUCUCUCUUUCCCCUUAAUCUUUCUCUCCGUCUCCUGGUCGGGGAGGAGGCUGUAUGGUUGCAAAGCCCCAGUUGGCGGAGAGGGGAAUAAAUAAGGGAACCAAAAUGAUAGGAAAAGCAGUAGUUUCAGGGAUAUCUCUGAUCCUUGUGGUGGGUGUGAUCAUCGGCAUUGUCAGUGUAACGCGCCCCCAUGGAAGCGAUCGUAAUGACGGUAACACCAACAUGUCGUCGUCAAUGAAGGCUGUGGCCUCCGUUUGUGCCACUGCUGAUUAUAAGGACGCUUGUAUGCAAACUCUCAGUCCGGUUGCCAAAAAUGGCAGUGCUACGCCCAAGGAUUACAUCCAGGCGGCUGUGCAAGUGACCAUGAAAGAGAUUAAGAGCUCGAUGAAUCUUUCGGAGAAACUCGUCCAAGCCACUAAUGACUCCAGGACGCAAAUGGCCCUCGGUGACUGUAAGGACUUGUUGCAGUUUGCCAUUGACGAGCUUCAGGAAUCAUUCUCGUCUGUGGGUGAGAGUGAUCUCCAGACCUUGGAUCAACUAUCAACGGAGAUUAUGAAUUGGUUGAGUGCUGUUGUUUCGUACCAACAGACAUGCCUUGAUGGAGUCAUCGAACCACGGUUUCAGACCGCUAUGCAGAAAGGUCUCCUCAAUGCCACGCAACUUACCAGCAACGCCCUAGCUAUUGUGUCCGACAUUUCUCAAAUUCUCACCAAAUUCAAUGUCUCACUGGAUCUCAAGCCCAACUCCAGAAGGCUUCUCGGAGAAAUUGACGUACUUGGCCAUGAUGGGUAUCCCACCUGGUUCUCAGCCACGGACAGAAAGCUUUUGGCUUUACAUGACAACGGCAGGCUAACUCCUAACGCUAUUGUGGCCAAAGAUGGCAGCGGACAUUUCACGACUAUUGCUGCAGCUCUCGCCGCCUACCCCAAGAACCUCAAAGGAAGAUAUGUUAUCUACGUGAAGGCCGGAAUCUACCGCGAGUACAUUACCGUCACCAAAGAUCAGGUUAAUGUGUACAUGUACGGAGAUGGGCCCAGGAAGACCAUUGUCACUGGAACCAAAAGCUACCGCGACGGAAUCACCACUUACAAGACUGCCACAUUCUCGGCCAUUGGAAAGGGGUUUGUUGCGAGGUCGAUGGGAUUCGUCAACACCGCAGGUCCUGACGGGCACCAGGCUGUUGCUCUCCGCGUCCAAUCAGAUAUGUCAGCAAUCUUCAACUGCAGAAUGGACGGGUACCAAGACACCUUGUACAUCCAGGCCCAUCGCCAGUUCUACCGCAAUUGUGUCAUCUCGGGCACCAUAGACUUCAUCUUCGGUGACUCGACGACUGUGAUCCAGAACUCCUUGAUCAUAGUAAGAAGGCCAAAGGACAACCAACAAAACACAGUGACUGCACACGGAAAAGCUGAAAAGCGUGAAACCACUGGAUUGGUGAUCCACAAUUGCAGAAUCGUCCCAGAGCAAAAACUGUUCCCUGACAGGUUCAAGAUCCCUUCAUUCUUGGGUCGUCCAUGGAAGCCGUACUCAAAGACGAUUAUAAUGGAGACGACCUUGGGAGAUUUCAUCCAACCAGCCGGGUGGAUGCCGUGGGCUGGGGACUUUGCCCUGAACACACUCUUCUACGCUGAGUAUGGGAACCGCGGCCCUGGUGCAAACACCCGCAGCAGGGUGACAUGGAAGGGUUACAGGAUCAUCAAGACCAGGAACGAGGCUCUUCAGUACACGGUCAACUCAUUCAUUCAGGGAAACCUCUGGCUGAAACAAAUUAAUAUCCCUUAUCUGCCAAGCCUCAAACGUUAAAGCUCGACAUGUUGGCCUCGAGGAGAGGGGAUAUACAUUCAAGAGAGAGCGCCAUGCAGACUGGAUCAUCAUGCGUGUAGCUGAGUUCUAUCUUAUUGAGGGAAUUAAGCAAGUGGUGCCUCAUUUUGAGGGAAGACUGUCCUUCAAUUGUGAAGUACCCACUGGUUUCUUCUUUAAUCCUUGACUUUUGGUCUGUAGGCCUCCCUCUUGUCCCUCUUUGCUCUGCAAUGUAAUAUGAUUUUGGUUCCCCUUGAUCUUAAAAGAAAAAAAAAAAAAAACCUGUGAAAA